UUGGCAUUUUGGUAGCGAUGUCGAUAAUGAUUAUCAAUGAGACAUCGCAGAGUCGGAGAAUAAUGGAAAUUUUACGUUUAAUCGUUACAAGCCUCGUGUACACAGAAUUUCUCGAUGGUAGAUACUGGAUAUCGUGGAUUAUUUUACUGACUACACCAUUGUGCAUUUGGUAUUAUCCAACAGAAACUAAGAGAAGAAUGCUGGGCAUAAUGCUUGGAUUUUUCUGUCCUCUUACAUUAUUGUCUGCGUCUUAUGAGCCACUCUUCUUCAUUAUACUUACAAUCAAUUUACUUUGUUGGUUACAAGCCACUUCAAGGAGCUCAGGAAAUACACAAAAGAUUACAAAAGACUUGAUCAAAGCAGCAUUUUUUAUGUUGUACAUACUAUUGUGUUUCUUCGGCACAGGUAAUAUGGCGAGCAUCAGUUCGUUUGAUCCAUCUUGGACGCGUCACUUUGUUACUGUUUUUUCUUCAUUUUUAAUGACAUCUUUAAUACUUUUCAAACUUAGCAUUCCCUUGAUACUAGUCGGAUGCGCGAGCUAUUCACUAGAAUCAGAAUACAAGAAGCCUGUUUCUUUAGCCAUUCUUUUUUUAGGCGAUUGCAUAUCGCUACCUUUAAUGCAUUGUGUCACGCCGUACGGCAGUUGGCUCGACAUCGGUAGCGCUAUCAGUAAGUUUAUUAUCGCUCUUUCUCUUCCUUGUCUUUUUGUACUGUUGCGAUGUCUUUCAUAUCCACUUAUGGAAUUGGAUUUAAAACGAUUCCGGAUCGAUUUACUACCUCAAAAGAGGCACAUAGUAUAAUU